ACAAUCGGAUACCAACAGCUGUUGUGUAAACCUUUAAUCUCUGUUUCAGGAAUAUGUAAUGAGAUUGUGAUCAUUCAUAUGUCUCUGGAUCAGUGGUGUAGUCUCCCCCCCACUUCCUCCAGCCAGCCUUGCGGGGGGUGAAGGACACUCUGCCACUGGGUCACCUGAAGCUCACCCACUGGGCCAAAGGGGUGUGCCCAGGGGCCCCAGCCAAUUGAGGGGCCCUAGACAAAUGGGUGCCCCUGCCUGCUGCACCCCCUCUGCUCAGCGCUCCUGUGAGGGUGUAGGGGCUUGCCUUGCUCCACUCUCAGGCUGGAGUGCCGGGUGGGGUGGGGCAAGCCGCCCCCCCCCCCACUCCCCAGCUGGAGUGUCGGGCGGGCAGAGCCGGGGCUGGGGGAUGGCCCUGCAUGCUAAGUGAGUGAGCCGUGGCCCGCCUGUGGCUAUGCCCCUGUUCUGGAUCUUUUAAGAUGACUCCAUUGAUAAAUGUCCUCCAAAUGGAUGAACCUCAAAGGAGACCAUGACAUUUCCCCCCAAGUCCAAUUCCAGUUCUUCCGCACUGUCAGAGUUGUGUUAAGUUUUAGUUAUAAAGCUGAACUGGGAGCUAUUUUAGGUCUCCUAAUUCAGGGUUUUUUUAAAAUUUAGCUUAAAAGGUUAAAUGAGCCUACCUACAUGCUAACAGCAUCAAGUGGGUUUAUGAAGGAAUUGAUUGAUUUUUGUAUUUAAAUUGUCUAAUAUUCAUUUUUAAAAUAUCCUGCUAAAAGUAGUUGGAAAAUUCUUUUUAUUAUUUCACCUGUCUCCCCACUUUUUUGUGUGUGGUGAGGUUCCAGUGUGCAUCUUUGUCAAUUGGUACAUGGAGACUGUAUCUAUAAAACCCAAACGACCAGUCAGAACAUGACAGGACACUCAUCCAAACUAAAUGUGUCCCAAGUUACCAACUCUUUUAAUUUUAGCAAAGUUUUGUUGUGUUUGAUGUUUUUCAUAAAACCAGGCUUCUAAAGUUGUGUGACUGUAAGCAUUCAUUUUUUUAAAAAAUAGAUUUUUAGCCCAUGUGGUUACAAAGUUAAGCCUGAAAAUGUGACUGAACUGCCCUUUAGAGGCUCAGAAAUCAAGAGGGUAAAAACAAAACCUGAAAUAUAUUUUGAAAUCUCAUAAUUUUUAAGCUAAUCUCAUGAUUUUUGGAACCCUGACAUGAUUUUUGAAAACUUCAGGUUGGAAAUACUGUAAACUCCAAUGCUGUUAAAAUGAAGGCAGAGUUUUGUGAAGCUGGUUUAACAGAACAGCAGUUGAUCAAUUACAUUCUGAAUCCUCAGCAGUGAAGUGGGCUAGAAUAUAUUUCCUCUUUAAAUGUAAAUUUGAGUGAAUCAGAAAAUAAAGUGGAGCUAGCAAGAUCCAAAAACUGUGAUACAUUCAUUUUACAUGUUUGUUAAAUACUUUGCUACUCUUAAACCAUUAGGGACAACUGAGCUAACUUGACAUUUUUAUCUGAGAACCCUGAGAUCUCUGAAAACUGAGCUAUCUCUAGGGUUAAGAGGGAUAAGUAACCCUAAAUUGAGACCUGUUACUUUUUAUUUUUAAAAGCACAAGCAUAAAUGUGUCUUUAUAGUGUGGAUAAGAACAGAACAUAAGAAUGACCAUACUGGGUCUGACAAGUGGUCCAUCUAGCUCAGUAUCCUGUCUUUCAACGGUGACUAGUGCUAGAUGCUUCAGAGAGAAUGAACAGAGCAGGGUAUUUAUUGAAUGAUAAAUCAUGUGUCGUCCAGUCGCAGCUUUUUUUGGACAGUGAGAGGCUUAGGGACAUCCAGAUCAUGGGGUUACAUCCCUGACCGUCUUGCCUAAUAGCCAUUGACAAACCUAUCUGCCAUGAAUGUAUCUAAUUCUUUUUUGAACCUAGUUAUACUUUUGGCCUUCGCAGUAUCCCCUGAUAAUGAUUUCCACUGUGUGUUGUGUGAAAAAGUACUUCCUUAUGUUUGUUUUAAACCUGCUGCCUAUAAUUUCAUUGGAUGGUCACUGGUUCUUGUGUUAUAUAAAGGGGUAAAUAACAUGUCCCUUCACUUUCUCCACACCAUUUGUGAUUUGAUAGACCUGUAUCAUAUCCCUCCUUAGUCAUGUCUUUUCUAAGAUGAACAGUCCCAGUCUUUUUAAUCUCUUCUCAUAUGGAGCUGUUCCAUACCCCUAAUAAUUUUUGUUGGCCUUCUCUGUACUUUUUCCAAUUCUGAUAUAUCUUUUUUGCGAGGGGGCGACCAGAACUGCAUGCAGUAUUCAAGGUGUGGGCAUACCAUUUUGAAUUCAGAGCUCAAAAGCUUGUCUCUAUCACUAACAGAAGUUGAUCCAAUAAAAGAUACCACCUCACAUACCUUGUCUUUCUGAUAUCUGGGGACCAACAUGGCUAUAACAACCCUGCAAGCAAUCUUUAUAUUGUAUCCUUUUGGAAUUUUUUUCUUUGUGAUAAACAGGGCCUUUUGGACAAUGGCGAACAAAGCAACUGCUGAAACAUCCUCCAUUUUCAUGCAGGGUUCCAUUAGAGGGCACAUGAAAGAGAAGAAGGAUAGAGCUUUAAAAGCUGCAAAACUGAAUGCCUGUCUUGCAUCUAAAAUCAAAACUAAAAUAAUAAACAACUCUUCUAUUUUUAAGAUAUCUUUAAAACAUAAUAAUAAAGCAUUGGCUCUGGCUUUGACUCUGGAGAAGGAAAAUACUCGGAGGCUGAAGAAUGAGAAGAUCUUUCUACAGAAAGAAGUAGAGGAGUUGCAUUUUUAUAAUGUCGUGCUUCGUCAAAAAUUAAACUGUUUGAAUAAAACUCUCAUAGAAAUAGAAGCAUUUAUGAAUAACAACCUUUUAACAGCAAUUGAAAUGAGCAGUUUUUCUGAGCAUAUUCAGAAUCCUCUUACACUGACAAGUGGUCAAAGCAGCUGUGUUGAUCAUCAGUCCAAGACUUUGUAUCAUUCAGUUAGAUCUGUAAGAAUGCCAAUGAAGGAACCAUUAAUUGCAGUACAUAAUGCAAAACAGCAAGGCAGCCUUUCAUUGUGUGAAAAAUCAGAAGAUCUUUGUAACCUCACCUCUGUAAUAUCAAAUGAAAUUUGCCCAGCUCAGAUCAGUGUUGAAUUGUUGUUAGAGUCUGAGAAAAAUAACCAAAAGUCAAAUGAAAUAGACAAAAUGGAAACAAUCUUUGACUCAAAUAUAUUUUUCAGAGGUAUGCUGUAUUAAUUUUUUGUAAUCAAUUUGUUUUUAGAAAUUACUAUGUUUAGUAUAUAAAAUAAAUUAAUUAUGGUGAGAUACAGUACAUAUACAUGAUAAAUAAAAGCCACCGUUCAUUUCA